ACUUAUUAGGUUACUUCCCCCUCAAAGCUUAUCCGUCCUUCUCUUUUAUCAUUCUGUUGAAUUCUGUUGGUAGAGUGUUCUGAGGUUCUGAUCGGUUUGUUUUCGUAGUAAAUCUCAUUGAUCAUCAAUUAAAGUGCACCUUAGAUAGUCUGGACCUACCUCUUUCCCGCUAUAUAUGCAGGAUAUUUGCGGAUGACCAAGGUUGAAUCCUCUCAAAUACAACUCACCAAUCGUUUGCAACAGUCGAAUCGAUGUUCUUUUGAUUCUAUGUACAAGUAGUAAAUUAAAGGCAGUGGGGAUAAGAAUGACUCUCAUGGCUGUCAGCAAGACAUUUCUGACUAGUUGUCGAGCUUUGACCUGCAUGCCACAUUGGUUGUUAUUCAGACGUUGUGUGUCACUGUCAUCUAAAGAUGUGACACCUUUGACCAUACAACAAGCAAGAGACCUUUUGCUUGAAAUGGUUGGAACACCAAAAGUUUAUGGCGAAGAACCACAGAGGGAAUUUCCACACAUUCUUCCUAAUCAGAAAGAACUGCCUGCUCGUCAUAUGCGAGACAGUUAUAGAGAAGUGAUUAUUCCUCUUGGUCAGGAUCAUAAUGUGCGACAAUACAUCAGUUUUGUAAAAGGAAUGCGAUUUGGACGCAUUUUGGAGGACCUUGAUUCAUUUGCAGGUCUCAUUUCCUACACACAUCUCCAGGACCCCAAUGCAAAAGGGAUCCAGAAAUCACAUAUGGCCAUUGUCACGGCUGCAGUUGAUCGCAUUGACUUAUACAACACCACCUUAUCACCAUAUUUGGAUGUAAAACUGUGUGGUCAUGUUACCUGGGUUGGUCGUUCAUCCAUGGAAAUCACAAUGAAUGUGGAACAGGUAGUGAAUGGAAUACAAGAGAAGAUGCUUACAGCUAGAUUUGUUAUGGUAGCUCGCAAUCCUUACACAAAAGGGCCUGGUGUUGUUAACCCCAUUCAGCCGGAAGGACAAAGAGAGGUAAACCUCUUCAGUAUGGGUGAACAGAACAGAAUUGCAAGACAAGAAAAAGCAAAAACAUCACUGUUGAAGACUGCACCAAAUGAAUAUGAACGGAAUGUCAUACAUGAUAUAUUCCUCAAAACCAUUGAUGAAAAUAUCUGGACAUUCAACAUCCGCGUCAAGCCAGAAAACACUGUAUGGAUGAGAGAUACACAACUGAAAACUAUAAGCAUUUGUCAUCCUGAGGAAAGAAACCUGUGGAGCAAAAUCUUUGGAGGAUUCUUGAUGAGAAAAGCAUUUGAGCUGGCUUUUGCAGAUGCAUCUCUAUAUUGCAAAAACCGACCAACUUUGACAGUUGUUGACGACAUCAUCUUUCUGCAGCCUGUAGAAAUAGGGUCACUGCUCUUCUUUUCUUCAGAGAUUGUAUACACAGAGGGCUCAUUGAUGCAAGUCAGAGUUCAUGCUGAAGUCUUGGACAUUCUGACAGGGUCAAGAAACACUACCAAUUAUUUCUACUUUGUUUUUGAUAGCAAUAACCCCAAUAUGCCCCAGGUUAUACCACGUACAUAUGCAGAAUCUAUGCUGUACUUGGAUGGUAUGAGACAUUUCAAAAACUGAAAGACUGUGAUGGUUGAUACUAACCUGUGACAUUCAUAUACUAGGCAGAUUUGCUAAGCAUUUUACAUUAUAUUCUUUUAAAAGCUACGUGUGUGUGAGUGUAUGGAAAAGACUGCAGGACUAUUAUUAGGUCAAAUGGUUGUGAUAUUUUUUCCCUCUAAAUUUCUUUUUCUUUCUUCAGCUGUGAAAUGGAAAAAGUUUUUUUACACAAAGGGAAAUAUUGUACUUAUUUUGAUGGCGUUUAACUGCUUUUAUUUUUUAUCAGGCAUUUUUCCUUUUAAGUGAAAGAUUCUUAGAUAUUGAGGAAUCCUAUUGUGGUCUGUAACUUGCUACUUUCACAAAUAGCCAAGAGAAGCAUUACAGCUUUAUUUUUGCCUUCCAUAAAUGAUGAUGAUUACAGAAUAAAAGUUUGAAUAAAC